GUGCUGGGGAGUCUGGCUGCGGCUGCCCGGUGCGCGGGCCGCGGGGCGGGGGGGGCCUUGAGGAGGGGGCUGGUGUUGGGAGAGGGAGGAGCCUGCACUGGGGAGGCGGGCCCGGCAAGAGGAGGGAGCGGGCCGAGCCGGGAGGGGGCUUAGCCGACUCGGGCUCGCUCCUAAAGGCCUGCUGCCUGCCUCUGGGCUUUGCGGGGUGGACUCGUGGGCUUUCCGCCUGACUCCCCACCGCUGAGGGUGGCAGGAGGCGCACAGCCUAGAGAGGGACUGGUCAACCCUCUCCAGCCCGUGGCGACUGGCCUUGCACGCCCACUCACGAUUACCCCCCUCUGCCUACAUCUCUCCUCUCACUGUCCUGGGAGUGGCCCUGUGCUGGGAACCUGCCUCUCCGAGCUGUGUCCCAACCCCCUUCAGGAGGUAGUCUGGAAACGCUGGCCAUGCUCCCUACCACGGAGUUUUUGACUAAACUUGUUACCUGCUUUAGAGUCUGCAGGUUGAUGAAGUGGACCGCGGCCCCAUUUGGGGGCACCUGUGAGCACCUGAUCACCUCUCACCUCUUAAAACUGUUUUAGUUCCCUUACCCCACUCCCAACGGAAACAAAAAUCACCCUACCCUGUGGAGGGAAACAGGAGCCCAAGGGAGGCUAUCAAGGCAUCCUUCCCACAACUGCUGAUCCCUGCUUGGGCCUUGGUUCCCACAGAUGGUGGUGCACGCUGGGGCCUGGCCGUAGUUCUAGUGUCUGAGGUGGGCCAGCCUGCUUAACUCCAGUGUCAUGGAUUUCUCCAUGUCUUAGGCCAGGCAGGAGCUUGUGACAUUGAGGGCUGGGUUUGGAAUGGGUCCUGGGCUUUCAGGGCAGGUGGUCAGUCACACAGGCCUUAGUAUGUGUGGUACUUGAGGUUCUUUGGAGCUAAGACUCUAGCUGAGAUUUGUACUUUACUUGGGUUCACAUGAGGAAUUCUGGGAUUUGUAGUCCUAAAUUAAUCUCAUGACUUUUGAAGCUGAGAAGCAGCAGGCUGCUCUGAUUCCUCUGGCCCUGCUAAGGCUUAGAGUUCAGGAAGCCAUCCCUCCUUUAGUCAGGAGAGUUUGGCUGACCUCAUGACUAGCCUCAAGAGCCCUGAUUAGGUACCAGCUGGCAGCCAGGGAUGGCCUGUAACCUUGUGUCUUCCUUCUGGUUGGUAGCAUUUCUGGGGACCACCAGCUGGCUGAGGCUCAGGGACAGAGACGGCUGCUCCAGCUAAAGUGGCCUCGGAUCCGGCGUGGGCUGUGGAGUGGAUCGAACUUCCUCGGGGCCUCUCUCUAUCUUCCUUGGGAUCUGCUCGGACCCUCCGAGGCUGGAGCCGGUCCUCCCGUCCUUCCUCAGUGGACAGCCAGGACUUGCCAGAGGUGAAUGUUGGAGACACAGUCGCGAUGCUGCCCAAGUCCCGAAGAGCCCUAACUAUCCAGGAGAUUGCUGCGCUGGCCAGAUCCUCCCUGCAUGGUAUUUCCCAGGUAGUGAAGGACCACGUGACCAAGCCCACUGCCAUGGCCCAGGGCCGAGUGGCUCACCUCAUUGAGUGGAAGGGCUGGAGCAAGCCAAGUGACUCGCCCGCUGCCCUAGAAUCAGCCUUUUCCUCCUAUUCAGACCUCAGUGAGGGUGAACAAGAGGCUCGCUUUGCAGCAGGAGUGGCCGAGCAAUUCGCCAUUGCAGAAGCCAAGCUCCGGGCAUGGUCAUCAGUGGAUGGGGAGGACUCCACCGAUGAAUCCUAUGAUGAGGACUUCGCUGGGGGAACUGACUCAGACAUGACUGGGCAGCUGCCCCUGGGGCCCCACCUCCAGGACCUCUUCACCGGCCACCGAUUCUCCCGGCCUAUGCGCCAGGGCUCCGUGGAACCCGAGAGCGACUGCUCGCAGACCGUGUCCCCAGAGACCCUGUGCUCUAGUCUGUGCAGCCUGGAGGACGGGUUGUUGGGCUCCCCGGCCCGCCUGGCUUCCCAGCUGCUGGGCGACGAGCUGCUCCUCGCCAAACUGCCCCACAGCCGGGAAAGUGCCUUCCGCAGCCUGGGCCCAUUGGAGGCCCAGGACUCGCUCUACAACUCGCCCCUCACAGAGUCCUGCCUUUCUCCUGCUGAGGAGGAGCCAGCCCCCUGCAAGGACUGCCAGCCGCUCUGCCUGCCGCCAGCGAGCAGCUGGGAACAGCAGCGGCAAGCCUCUGACGUAGCUUCUUCUGGGGUGGUGUCCUUAGACGAGGAUGAGGUGGAGCCAGAGGAACAGUGACCCAAAUCAUGCCCGGUGGUGGCAUGUGUCCCCUGGCCGCUGCUGGGGGCAGAGCCUCUGUGCCCAAGCACGGGCGAGGCUUCCAGCAGAGCUCCAAAGCCUGGAGGGCUCCUGGGAGCACUCACUCCUCCAUUGUGUGUUUGCAUGAAAGUGUUCAGAGGAGGCAGGGGCCAGGCUGGGGGCGCAUGUCCUGCCCCCACUCCUGGGGUUUGCCGGGGGUUGCCCGGGGCCCCUGGGGCAUGGCUACAGCUGUGGCAGACAGUGAUGUUCAUGUUCUUAAAUCAAAACCACCACGUGCACAUUUCCCCCUUGGGUGAUGUGAACCCCUAUGGGGGCAGCUGUGACUGGGCUGUGUGGGGUGGAGCGGGAGGGAGCCCUGCCUCCCCACCCCCUCCCCCUGCCUCUCCUCUGCUUCUCUCCUCACCUCCGAGUCCAUGUGUAGUGCUUGACAGAAUUGCCCCCGCCCGGGGUGGGGGGUGGCUCUGACCCUCCUGGAGCCUCUGGAUUGAGCUGUCCCCCCAAGGGCCCCUCGCCCAGCUGGGCUCGUGCUGUGCUUCACCUGUCCAUCAUCUCUAAAUCUUCUUUUUCCUAAAGAGGGGUCUUGGUCUGUUCUUUCAGUCGGAUCUUCUCUGGGAGGCACUGGAAUGAUGAAGGCCUGUACUCUCGGCCCUUUCCCUGGCCCCCCUGGCGGGGUCUGGGCCCUUUCCCAGCUACUUGUAGGACAUGUGGGCAGGGUCCUGGUGGCUCUCAGCCUGGGGGCUGCCCCAUUCACUCAACAGUUCUCUUUAGGGUGGAGCUGGAAGACGGGAUGGCUCUGGUUGCCACGGAGCCGUGAUUUGGAUGUUCUUCCAGAGAGGGCCACGAGGGGGCCACACAGGUGGCCGGGCAGCUGCCAGCAGGAAUGGUGCCAACGAGUGACAGUCAUGAGGGAGCGUCUCUCCUUGGGGAGGAAAGAGGGUAGUGCCUUUCUUGGCUGAACAAAAGGCCAAAGCUACCUUACUGGGGGACUGCGCCCCAACCAGGGUGUUGAUGGCAAGCGGUGGUGGUGGCCUCUGCAGACCCUGCGUUCCACGGACAGCAGGCUCUGGAGUUUUAUGGCUGUCGGGGGGGUGGGUGGCUGCUGAAUGUGGAGCCUUGUAGGCUUUGGCAGGUGAGAGGGCCCAAGGUAAGAACAGGAGCCGGUGGGCACAAGCAUUCUACAUAGAAGUGGCUCAUUAGGUGUUUAUUUUGUUCUAUUUAAGAAUUUGUUUUAUUAAAUUAAUAUAAAAAUCUUUGUAAAUCUCUA